AUGGCGCGAGCGUUGUACGAUAACAUAGCAGAGUCGCCUGACGAACUGGCAUUCAGACGAGGAGACCUGCUCACCGUGCUGGAGCAGAACACGGGUGGCAGCGACGGCUGGUGGCUCUGCUCGCUGAGGGGCAGACAGGGCAUAUGUCCGGGAAACCGCCUACGUAUAGUAGCCGGGGUGUUCGAUGGAAGCAGCACACAAAGGCGACGGACGCGAACACCUGCGCCUGUCGCCCACCAGCCCUUGCCCACGCAGUCACCAGCCUUUACAAAAAUCGAAGAAUGUUCACACUACGACGUACCACGCGCGCCCAUGCCGGUCCAGCGUCUCGGCACAUACGACUGUCCAAGGCCAACCGCUGACUGGUACGAUGCACCAAGAGCGCCGCGGCCCGCCAGCGCUGACUCCGCUUGCAGCGGCACCGGUUCGCUUACCUCAGCAACGUCUAGUGCUUCAGCAAAUUCGGGAAGUUCAGCCCAUUCAGCAGCGUCCGCUUCAAGCACAUAUGAUGUGCCGCGGUCGCGAGCGUUACCUCUACCGUGUGAUGCAGCGCUCGAAGCACUUGAAAGAUUACAAGAAGAAGCAUCAGCAGCAGUAUCUCGACUUCUUUCAUACGUGUCCCCUGGAUGGCGACGGCGAGGCGCAUUGCGACCCCGCGUUCUAGACGUACGCGUCGCAGGCGCAAGGUUACGCGCCGCGUUACACGAUCUAGCUGUGUUUGCUGACGCUACAUUGGCCAAUGCGCACGAUGCACAAGACAAAGGUAUCGCAGUGAAAUUACGGCCCCUAGUCAAAGCGCUGAAGGACGCUGAGCGUAUUACGCAUGAGGCCACCAGCGCCCUGGAUGCCGGUGACUGGGCCCCAGAAAGGCUAGAAAGGGACCGAGAGCCUACAGAUGGGACCCAGGAUGCGUUGGAUCAGCUCGUGGCGUGCGCCAGGUCUUUAACUGAGGAUGUAAGGCGUGCAGCGUCUUUUAUACAUGGAAAUGCUUCGCUAUUGUUCAGACGGUCAGCAACAGUUCCAGAACACGAAUGGACGGAGGAGUACGACUACGUGCGUCUGGAGUCGCGAUCGGCGGCGGGACGACGGAACGCAGAAAUACGCGCUGCACUUCCUGACAAAUUACGCGCUUCGUUUGACGCGUUGGUGCGGGAUGCAGACCAUGCUGGCGAGGUGAGCGCGGUCGCAGCUGCCACUCAUCUGCCUCCAGACGAUCGUCAGUUGGCUGCUUUUUACGCGGCUCAGACCGCGACUUACGGCGCGCAUUUGUCUACGGCCGUCGAAGCAUUCCUCAGAACCAUAGAGAUGGGACAACCUCCAGACGUAUUUUUGGCACAUGGCAAGUUUGUGGUGCUUAGCGCGCAUAGGAUAGUGCAUGUUGGCGAUACUGUGCAUAGGAGCGCUCAGCACGCAGGCCUAAAAGCGAAGAUGCUGCGAUGUUCAGACGCGCUUUCCGAUGCGCUGGCUGCAACAGUCGCAAAAACCAAAUCCGCAGCACAACAGUUCCCUUGCGCAAACGCCGUAGCAGAGAUGGCGGAAGCUGCAAGGCAUCUUGCUUCCCGCGCUCAAGACCUUCGCAGGACUUUGGUGAGAGCCGCUGAACCCCCUCAAGACACUCCCGCUACUACAGUACCCCCUUCUGCCACGACGACCCCCCUUACGCCCCUGACCCCAAUCACACCCAUUGCCCCACAUUUGGGAACGCCCUCCCUCCCAGUUCUAUAA